UCUUGCGGAACCCAGACCCGAGAAACUGAAGUGGGUGGAGGGAGAGUGGAGCAGAACCCCGACCUAUAAACCAAGAAUGAAGCUGCCUCUGCUCGGCAUGGCCAUGGGGCUUGGCGGUUUGCUCUGGUUCCUGCUUCUGGCAAUCUCCCAUCCCAGGACUGUGCAAGGGGAAGUGGUUGAAAAUUUCCAGCAAUGCAACUCUUCCUUCAAGGAUCAUAUCCCACCGCAGGGAUUUGACGGCAUGAGGAACCUGGUCAGGAUCUGCCAGAGGUUCAACAACCGCUAUCACUUCGCCACCUUGUACCGGACAGACCUGCGGAUCCCGGUCUAUUCCGCCUACACCUAUCAAACGCCCAGAACAAUGGAGAAGACUAACAGACCCUGCACCUGGUUUUAUGAGCCUCAGUGCACACCUCGCCAACGAUUUCUCCAGCACCGUUCCACGGUACUCGGCCCGGAUGAAGCAGGGUGGUCCCUCGAAGAUGGCAAAGAGAGUGAGCCGAGCACACGUGGCGCCCUUUAUAGUGCUGGAGGGUCCAGCCCAGAUUGAUGAUCCACACGCCGGUGCUAAUAUGAGUUCCAGCAUAGGCAAGACGAGUAAUAAACAAGCGGUGCAUAGUGAUUACAUGAAUACAAGUUAUGAGCGAG